CCCCCCUCCGGGCUGGACCGCGGAUGGUACGUUCCGCACGUGAGCUGGGUGCUGGUCUGGCCGGCGACGCGCGUGCCCUGUGGCCAAACACUGCCUGGAGUGAGAGCAAACUACCAGCGCAGUGGGGCCGGCGCGAGUGUGCGUGUGUGUGCGUGUGUGUGUGCGAGCGCGGUGGAGGGGGGACCAACUGCUUCACACUUUCAACACUGCACUGAAGAGGGAGAGCGAGAGAGAGAGACUGGAGACGCACAGAUCCCCCCAAGAUCUCCCAAGCCUACCGUCCCACAGAUUAUUGUACAGAGCCCCAAAAAUCGAAACAGAGGAAACGAACAGCAGUUGAACAUGGACGAAGGAAUUCCUCAUUUGCAAGAGAGACAGUUACUGGAACAUAGAGAUUUUAUAGGACUGGAUUAUUCCUCUUUGUAUAUGUGUAAACCCAAAAGGAGCAUGAAACGAGACGAUACCAAGGAUACCUACAAAUUACCGCACAGAUUAAUAGAAAAGAAAAGAAGAGACCGAAUUAAUGAAUGCAUUGCUCAGCUGAAAGAUUUACUGCCUGAACAUCUGAAAUUGACAACUCUGGGGCAUCUGGAGAAAGCCGUAGUCUUGGAAUUAACUCUGAAACACCUAAAAGCUUUAACCGCCUUAACCGAGCAACAGCAUCAGAAGAUAAUUGCUUUACAGAAUGGGGAGCGAUCUCUGAAAUCGCCCAUUCAGUCCGACUUGGAUGCGUUCCACUCGGGAUUUCAAACAUGCGCCAAAGAAGUCUUGCAAUACCUCUCCCGGUUUGAGAGCUGGACACCCAGGGAGCCGCGGUGUGUCCAGCUGAUCAACCACUUGCACGCCGUGGCCACCCAGUUCUUGCCCACCCCGCAGCUGUUGACUCAACAGGUCCCUCUGAGCAAAGGCACCGGCGCUCCCUCGGCCGCCGGGUCCGCGGCCGCCCCCUGCCUGGAGCGCGCGGGGCAGAAGCUGGAGCCCCUCGCCUACUGCGUGCCGGUCAUCCAGCGGACUCAGCCCAGCGCCGAGCUCGCCGCCGAGAACGACACGGACACCGACAGCGGCUACGGCGGCGAAGCCGAGGCCCGGCCGGACCGCGAGAAAGGCAAAGGCGCGGGGGCGAGCCGCGUCACCAUCAAGCAGGAGCCUCCCGGGGAGGACUUGCCGGCGCCCAAGAGGAUGAAGCUGGAUUCCCGCGGCGGCGGCAGCGGCGGCGGCCCGGGGGGCGGCGCGGCGGCGGCGGCAGCUGCGCUCCUGGGGCCCGACCCUGCUGCCGCGGCCGCGCUGCUGAGACCCGACGCCGCCCUGCUCAGCUCGCUGGUGGCGUUCGGCGGAGGCGGGGGCGCGCCCUUCCCGCAGCCCGCGGCCGCCGCGGCCCCCUUCUGCCUGCCCUUCUGCUUCCUCUCGCCUUCUGCAGCCGCCGCCUACGUGCAGCCCUUCCUGGACAAGAGCGGCCUGGAGAAGUAUCUGUACCCGGCGGCGGCCGCCGCCCCGUUCCCACUGCUAUACCCCGGCAUCCCUGCCCCGGCCGCAGCCGCGGCCGCCGCCGCCGCCGCUGCCGCCGCCGCCGCCGCCUUCCCCUGCCUGUCCUCGGUGUUGUCGCCCCCUCCCGAGAAGGCGGGCGCCGCCGCCGCGACCCUCCUGCCGCACGAGGUGGCGCCCCUUGGGGCGCCGCACCCACAACACCCGCACGGCCGCACCCACCUGCCCUUCGCCGGCCCCCGCGAGCCGGGGAACCCGGAGAGCUCUGCUCAGGAAGAUCCCUCGCAGCCAGGAAAGGAAGCACCCUGAAUCCUUGCGUCUCAAAGGACGGAGGUUCAAGCGGAGUGAGAAGUUAAAACACCCUUAACGUCUUUAAGGGAGGAAGUGUAAUAGAUGCACGACAGGCAUAAACAAGAACAACAAAACAGGUGUUAUGUGUACAUUUGGAGUUCCUGUUUUGCUCAUCCCUCACCACCCCACCCUCCACACACUAACAUCCCUUUCUUCCCCCCACCAGCUGUAAAAGAUCCUCUGCGAAAGAUAUAUAUAUAUAUAUAUUUUAAUAAUCCCCCAAAUAAGUUUUGUCCCCUUUUAGGCCAUGUUCCAUUAUCUCUUAAAAUUGGAACCUAAUUCGAGAGGAAGUCAGAAGGGUCUGUUCUAUGGGUAAGCUAGGUGAACCCCGGGGUAGGGGAAGCAUGUUAACACCUUUGACGUCUUUGACUGAAGUUGACAUGGAGCAGCAGAUAGUUGUUAUGUAGAGGUAGUUCUCAAAGCUGCCCUGCCUGUUUUAGGAGACUUUCCACAAACAGAUUGAGGAUCUUUUAGAAUUGAAUUUACUCUUCAGUAUUUUCUAAUGUUCAGCUUUCUAAAAGGCAUCUAUUUUUCAAAGAAGUGAGGAUGCAGUUGCUCACGUUGCAACUUAUUCUGAAGUGGUUUAAAUGGUAUCUCUUAGUAACUUGCACUUGUUAAAGAAACACGGAGCUGGGCCAUCGUCAGAACUAAGUCAGGGAAGGUGAUGGAUGAGAAGGCCAGAAUCAUUCCUAGUACAUUUGCUAACACUUUAUUGAGAAAUUGACCAUGAAUCAAUGGACUCACCUUAAUUUCUUUAUCUAUCUAUACAAAUUUCUGUUUAUCCAUAGAUAGGUAUCUAUACAUACACAUCUCGAGUGCAUCUAUUCCCACUCUCAUUAAUCCAUCAUGUUCCUAAAUUUUUGUAAUCUUACUGUAAAAAAGUGCACUGAACUUAAAAACAAAACAAAACAAAAGUCCAAACUGAUAUAUCCUAUAUUCUGCUAAACGACAAAAGUGAACGAAAGCAUUUAACUGGUCAAUUUUGAUUGGAAAUGCUGUAAAGAUAUGGAAUGAAGUCCUGUGAGGCCUUCCUAUCUCCAAGUCUAUGUAUUUUCUGGAGACCAAACCAGAUACCAGAUAAUCACAAAGAAAGCUUUUUUAAUAAGGCUUAAACCAAGACCUUGUCUAGAUAUUUUUAGUUUGUUGCCAAGGUAGCACUGUGAGAAAUCUCACUUGGAUGUUAUGUAAGGGGUGAGACACAACAGUCUGACUAUGAGUGAGGAAAAUAUCUGGGUCUUCUCGUCAGUUUGGUGCAUUUGCUGCUGCUGUUGCUACUGUUUGCCUCAAACGCUGUGUUUAAACAACGUUAAACUCUUAGCCUACAAGGUGGCUCUUAUGUACAUAGUUGUUAAUACAUCCAAUUAAUGAUGUCUGACAUGCUAUUUUUGUAGGGAGAAAAUAUGUGCUAAUGAUAUUUUGAGUUAAAAUAUCUUUUGGGGAGGAUUUGCUGAAAAGUUGCACUUUUGUUACAACGCUUAUGCUUGGUACAAGCUUAUGCUGUCUUAAAUUAUUUUAAAAAAAUAAAUACUGUCUGCAAGAAACCAGCUGGUUUAGAAAAGUUUAGUAUGUGAAGAUAAACUAGAAAUUAUCUUUAUAUUCUAGUAUUUUCAGCACUCCAUAAAUUCUAUUACCUAAAUAUUGCCACACUAUUUUGUGAUUUAAAAAUUCUUACUAAGGAAUAAAAACUUUAAUAUACGGUAUGAUAUUGUCUAAUAAUUAAAAAAGACAAUGGAUGCUCAAUUAGGUUUGAGAUAUCUAUGACUGUAGGGAUACAAAUCACUGAGGUUCUCAGAUAUACAGCUUUUUUUGUCAUUGGCUUGAUGUCACACAUUUCCAAUCUCUUGCAAGCCUCCAGGCUCUGGCUGUGUCUACCUGCUUGUUUCCAAUGUAUCUUAAUGAAAAGUGCAAAAGAAAAACCUACCAAUUAACUUGUGUGAUUUGUUUAUGUUAGACCCAAUUUUCUAUUGUUUUAAUGAUUGACAAGGUUUUCACUUUUUGUCUGUGACAUCAGAUAGCCUCUCUAGUAUGGUCAGGUGUUUCUCUUUCACUGGGUCUUGUAUAAAUAGAUGAUCACAUAGGGGUGCUUAACAUGAGAGUGUUUUGGCUUCUUAAUUUUUAUAAAAUAAUUCUGUCAUGGGACUUUAUCAUGGAAUUCCAGGAUCAGAAAUAAUUUCUAGACUUUUCUCAAAUUUCCAUUCAAAUCUGUGACAUGAUACAAACUGAGUGAAGGAUUGUCAGCUUUUAGUUUCAGGAAUGUUCUUCACAACCCCCCUGAUUUUUGAAAAAUGUUUAAAUGAGAGUCACAUUGUAUAAGAUGUAGAAAAAGUGCUCCCUCUGCUGACUUCAUGGCAACUGAACUGCAAGUCGUAACAGUGUGGAGCCAGGAGCCAGGGCUCAUCAAGGCCCCUGCAUUUCCUCAUAGGAAAAAAAGAAAGGAAGCCCAGAGAUAUUAAGUAUCUUCCCAAGGUCACAGAGCUACCUAGAGUCAGCACUAGCACUAGUGGCCAGCUCUAUCAUAUCCCUCAGUCAGUCAACUACUUCCCAUUGCAGUAUCUUGGACCAAGUAAGCUGAACUUGAUUGAGCACCCUUCAUGAAGCUUUGUAACAAACCAUAGAACAAAGGAAACUGAAAUUAACACUGGAAAACUAUGUAGGAUUUUCGAGCAUUUUUAAUUUAUUGAACUUUAGAAAAAUUAUCUGAAUCAGAAUGGGAAAAACAGCAUUUCAAAUAUUUUGAGCUAUAUUUUGAUGCUACGACUGUAGUAAUAUUAGUUUCAUAACCAAAAAGGAUUAAGAGUGAAUCAGAGGAUAAUACAAUGUUUUUAGCAUGUGUAUAAUUUUGGUAGAAUGAGAUAAAAAAACUUCAGAGUUGGGCCAGAUUUUAUAAGUCAGUUAUUUAGUCCAAGUACCCAUAUGGUAACAUGAUAAGAUAAAGUUAGAACAGAAAUGCAAAAAUAAUAUUAUCUAUAUUGAUUCUAAAAUCUGAAAAAAUGUUAUUCUGGUCAUUGAUUUAUUUUAAUGAAUUAAAAGGCUUAAGUCAUUAUAAUUCAUUAAAGAGGCUUCUAUACUUGUAGUGGUGAAAUUUCAGCUAAAAUGAUUUUCCAACUUCAGGCAAAUAUGAA